AUGUUGCCAGGCGGUGUUAUUUUGGUGUUUGUCCUAGUCGGGUUGGCCGCCAUUGCUGUUAUCGGUACUGUUACGUACAAGAAAAUGCAAGCCAGAAAGAAGGGUUUGCAAAAGUUCUAA